AUGGGGGAAGCUGCUGCUGCCGCCUUCGCCGGACAACACUGGAAAAGGCGAGUGACGGCUCACCAGCACCUCCAAGAACCAGGGAACCUUCUGCGGUCCAGCUCGGAGGUCGCUAGGGUUGCCCUUGCCGGCCGUGGCGGCCCGUCCUCGGGUUGCGGCCUCGACGGGAAUCCAGGGAGCUCCACUGACCGCAGCAACUCCCGAAGCUCAUAA